UUUGGUACUAAUUACACUCUCCUUUUCAAGAUAAUUUGUGACAUGACAUGCGGUGUUUUUUUCAUAAACGUACGUACGUAAAAGUAUGCUCACUAAAAUAAAGAGGAUAUUUAGUAAUGAUAACAGUAAUAGUUCAAUUCUGGGAGUGCGAGAUGUCACUCUGCGAGACAAAAACACCCUUACUGAAAUGCCCUUUAGGCUUUGCCUUAAAUUAUAUACUAUUAGAUUUUAAUGCACAGCCUUUUUAAGAAGCGACCGCCCAUUACCGCCCCACUUUAAUGAAAGUUACGAUUUAGUACAACAAAUUUACUCAUAUUGGCUUGAGUAGGACCAAAAAAAAAGGUUACGAGGCUUUGUUUUAAAAAGCUAAACAAAAUGGUCUAAACAGGUGUUCUAUUAGAAACAUUGCCAGAUCGGUAGGCUUUGGAAUAGUUGUGAUAAAAGUCAAAACAUCAACCCUUAUUUGAAGGAAGAUAUCCGUGACAAAACAGCAUCUUCUUUACUUUGGAAAUAUUAGAUAAAUACAUUUUUAUUGUCAUUGACAGUAAGUGUGUUUUGUUGUGGAAAUACUGUACGAGCUCGGUUUGUACUGCAAAUAGUAAUAUCUUUGCACUUUAAAAGAAGAAAUGACCAUCUAAAUUGCAAAUCCAGAGUAGGCGUAGACUUACACGUGAUUUCAUGUUCAUUUUACACAGUAAUCUUAACAUUCACUUCAAAUUCAUUGAAGAGGGGUGCUUUACUUAGGCUUCUUCUUCAAAACCUCUUUUCGUUAUGUUCAUUGUGGUUUUGCCAGCUUUGUCCACAUACAAUUAACCACAGAGCUAUUGAAUAUGCCAACCAGCUUUGUACACAACAACUACAAUCUACAUCAACCUUGCGAACUCUGUUUGCGAAUCUGAAAUGAGAACUGUCAGCUAUAUAAUCUUUGCUUUAAUCGUUUUCAUUUAUAAUAGAUUUGUCUUAUUCGCGUUUUUUAUUUUCCCAGCGGUAAUCCCCGGUUCCAUAUCUGUCAAAAGUAAAUACUUUAGUGUUUUUAUUUUUCAUUUAGGUCUUGAGCCUUAACAACAAUCAUCUCAAGGAAGGCAGAUGACAUUCGAGCAGAACGCAUAUGGUUUUUGUAUUUUUCUUUUUUUGUAUUUACAAGUUGGUACCUUCCUAAUCGCAACUCUGCCAAUCUUUUUUUACUAAUUUUGGACUGUUGAUGUUCUUUCUUAGCCCAUUACCCCUCGCUUGUUAUACUCGCCAUUAACUUACGUGUGAAUGCUUCUAGAGCACAAAGCGGCAGGAGAGAAGCUAAUGUGCAUAAAAUUGACCCAAUGAGUGAACGUCGUAAGAGCAGCCUUACCCAUUAAGUUUUAUUUCCAUAACGCCAUCUAGAAUCUGAACAAUUGACUUACUUGUUCUUGGCCUUUAUUACUCAAAGGGCAACAUUAAGAAUGUCACUUGAUUUAAUUCCCGGCUAUACCUACUAAUCACGACAAGUUUUUUUUGGCAGUUUUAUAAAAUGCCAGCUUUUCUUGCCACCUUUCUGCCAUUUGACGGAUUUGCAAGCCGAGCAAUAUAUGGUGUUUAUGGCUGAAAAUACGCGUUGGUGUUAUGCGCAUGCGCUAAAGCCAGGUGUCGGCGCUGAAACGAAGACAGCUUGCUCCGUUCAUACACACAAACAACGAGGAUGCAAACAAACACGUGCGCUCGGAUCUGUCAAGUCUACGCGUGCCUAAUGAUGUGGUUGGCUUCGCUCAUCACCUCCUUUUGACAAACACAAGAGAAUAGAAUUCGUGUUAUUGUGGGUUGGGGUGUCAAAAAUCUGGCACCGAAGAACUGUUCUGGUUAUGUGCCGUGUGGCGCGCUUUUCUGUUUUUACAUGGAUCGGCUUGUCGGUAAUAGCAAACGCUCAAAUCACAACUGUCAAGCAUAAUACGCAGAACUCCAGUAUCUACCGAGAUGGUGACCUGAUUAUCGGUGGCCUUAUCCCGGUUCAUUUUACCUCAAACUCAGCUCAGCACCCCGGGGCCGCGAGUUGCGGCGGAUCGUUACACCCCCGAGGUUACAUAGGGGCCGAAGCGAUGCUUUACGCUAUCGAAACCAUCAAUAAUAGCUCAGAAAUUCUACCUUAUGUCACUCUUGGUGUAGAUAUCAAAGACAGCUGCGGGAGCGUGGAUUAUGCUAUCAUGGAGUGUUUGAAUUUCGACUUUAUAAGGACCGUGUUCGCUUCGGAAGCUGCUUCUUCUGAGCGUUGUUCUGUACGUAAGGACGGGAAUUCAUCCACGGCCGGAUUACAAGAUAGCGCUACUUUGUCCGCCAGCGGCACUGAGUGCUGCGAGAGAAAAUCACGUCACACUGUUGCGAUUGUUGGCGCAGCGUUCAGCGGCGUCACCAUGGCAAUAGCAAGUCUCGCCGGACUAUUUUACAUUCCUGUGGUAAGUUUCGCCUCAACAAGCCGACUUCUAGGCGACCGAGCUCGAUUUCGAUAUUUCUACCGGACGGUCCCCUCGGACACUCUUCAAGCGAAAGCAAUGGUGGACAUCAUCCACACUUUUCAGUGGAGUUUUGUCAUCACAGUUGCUAGUGACAAUGAGUACGGUCGGUCUGGUAUAAGUGCUCUGAAAGAAAUGGCUCAAAGAGACCAGCGCAGACACGUGUGUGUAGUAGUGGACGAGCUUUUUUCUCGCAGAGGCAGCAAAAAACAUAUCAAGAAAAUAUUCGACAAAAUCAAGAAGUACCCAAACGCCAAAGUCAUCAUCGUCUACGCGGAGUUUCCCGACGCCAAGUACUUUUUGGAGGAAGCCAAGGCUGCGGGGCUCAGGGAUUACGUGUUUAUUGCAUCGGACAGUUGGGCGGGGUCGGUUGAUGUCGUCCGGGGUUUGGAUAACGUCAUAAGCUCCGUGAUUUGUUUAAGGCCUCCAAUAGUCCCGAUUCCUAAGUUUAAAUCACAGCUUCAAAAGAAACUCUCGUCUAAUGUAUCAGAGCACCACUGGACAGAGCAAUACAAGAAGUACAUUGCGCAUGUCUGUAAUGGAAGUGCCGCUGGCACAUGCCACACUGGGAUCCACAACGAUGGCUACAUACCUUACAUUAUCGAUGCGGUCUCUGCAAUUGCACACGCGCUUCACAGUCUGCUGGGAUGCACUAAGAACGGAUGCCUCAAGACCUUCAAUCAAGAGUUACUGCGGCAUCUUCCUUCUUUUAUCCAGAAUAUAUCCAUCGAGGGCUACUCGAAUAAACAGGUGACUUUUGACGAGUUCGGAGGCGCCAAAGGCUCGUAUGACCUGUACUCGCUCAAGAUCCAUAAUGGCGAUUAUGAUUAUGAGAAGUUUGGGCGAUGGUCGCCCUCGGGACUCAGUAUUAACAAGCGAUUGAUUCGCUGGAAUAACAUGCACAACUCUCAACCGGACUCCAAGUGCAGCAAGAACUGUAGAAGGGGCGAAAUCAAGGUACCGUUCAGGCGUUUCCCAGAAUGCUGUUGGCGCUGUGAGAAGUGUACAGGGAGGACCUACACCAAUACCACAAAUACGCGCAAUUGUGUGGAGUGUCCUAUAGGCACAUGGCCAAACGUCAACAACUCGGGCUGCUUUCCGAUAGACGCCGAGUAUCUUCGGUGGGAGGACUGGUGGGCCAUCGUCAUUCUCACGUUCUCGGGUAUUGGGGUCCUAGCAGUGGUCGUCACGGUGAUCGUCUUCAUCAAGUUUCACGCCACCGCUGUGGUCCGCGCUGCCAGCCAGCAGCUCUGCUUUGUGCUGUUGACGGGGAUCUGCCUUUUCUUUCUGACGCCCGUUGUAUUUGUCAUGAAACCGUCGAAGAUUUCCUGCAUGAUGCUGCCAUUUAUGAUCGGCUUGUGCUUUUCUAUGGUCGUAGGGACAAUCCUCAUCAAGACCAAUCGUAUAUCCCGCAUCUUUAACGAAAAACUUCUCCAAACUGGCCGCAUCGCGUGCCUUGGUAACGAAUGGCAGCUGUUACUGAUGGGUGGUAUCGUUGCCGUGGAGAUAAUCGUGUGUCUCUGUUGGGUUCGAGGGUCCUCGACCACACCCUUCCCUGAGGCCAGAUAUAGUAUAACGUCCCAAGAGGCGACGCUGACUUGUAAUCUAUCUGCCAGCAAGAUAGGCUUCAGUGUGUGGCUUAUUUACAACGCGGGUCUGGUUAUUAUAUGUACUUACCAAGCUUUCCUUGUACGCAAAGUCCCUCAAAACUACAAUGAGUCUCGGUUCAUCGCCUUCACUAUGAUUACGAUAUGUAUUACAGUACUAGUGUAUGUUCCGUCCUAUCUUGGGACUAGCGCCUGGUACAGAACUGUCAUAUCAUGCUUCAUGUUUGUCUUCCUCGGAUCCGUUACAUGGAUCAGUAUUUUCAUCCCAAAGCUUCACAUUAUUUUGUUUAGACCACACAAAAAUAUACCCAUGAGGCCAUCUGUGAGCUCAGUUACUUUAGGAGUCUUCGACCGGUCACCCACCGUGGUCAGCAACUAUUCUGACUCGACCAUGCGCAGUAGGUCAAAUACUGAGGGGAGCGGGAACGAGGUAAGGGGUGUUGACAAGAACUGUCAUGAGACGCGUAAUGGUAAAGUUGCCAGAAAGGACAAAGAACGAGGUCGAAAGACCUCCCAAGUAAGGUUCAAAGAUGAGUGGGAAAAUAGCCUAUCAAAGAUCCCAUUAUGCGAAUGUAACGAGGAAAACCACGAUGUUGAGGAUACCAACAGCAACCGGAAAAGGUGUCCAAGCUGCGGCGGCGUCACUGAACAAAAGGUUAUCAAAAAGCAAUCUGUGGUUAGGUUCAAUGAUGACGGUGAAGUAGUGACGUCACCGUGGGUGAGAGGUACCGAUGUUUGGCGGCCAGGAAUUCUGCGUCGACCUACGAAUGACGAGGAACUGCCCUCGAAACACAAGUCAGAAGAACACUCUUCUUAUACAGUUUAUACAAAUGCCGAUAAAAAGGCCUUCAUGCAGAAAAACAGGGUUCUUACAGAUAGCAUGGACUUUGAGGAUCAGAUUGAAGAAAGGAUCAAUAAUUUGUCCUUCGUGUGGGAGAUGUGUAAUGGAGCGGUACCUUAUCAAGAAGACAGUGGCCACAGCUACGAGCAUCGUGAGUCAAAACGCAUGCGCAUUGAAGAAGCAGAAAUUGAUGAUAACGAUGACGUUUUCUAUCAAAUUGAACUGACUGCCUCCCCUGGUUCAAAGCAAUCGAGGAAGAUCUCUGUUUUCAAUCAGCCCUCUCUCCAAGAGUUAGAAAAACAAGCGAUUAAUUACGUAAAAAAAUUUUAACGUCCUCCACUUGCGCCCAACAACUACUUUCAUGGCCUACAAAAAUACUACAAACGUUUUUAAAAGCACCAUAUUCUCUCGUAAGUAUUCUGUUUUUGAUACCAGGAAUAAAACGCUAUUUUCUAA